CGCGGUAGCAGGCCCGCGCACCCGGCCCCGCCGAGCCGACGCCUGCCCCGGGUCCGAGCGGCCUCUGCCCCGCGCAGAUGGCGCACUCGGCGGCAGCCGUGCCGUUGGGCGCGCUGGAGCAGGGCUGCCCCAUCCGCGUGGAGCACGACCGUCGGCGCCGCCAGUUCACCGUCCGGCUGAACGGAUGUCACGACCGGGCUGUUCUGCUCUAUGAGUAUGUGGGAAAGCGGAUCGUGGACCUGCAGCACACUGAGGUCCCUGAUGCCUACCGUGGGCGUGGCAUCGCCAAGCACCUCGCCAAGGCUGCCCUGGACUUCGUGGUGGAGGAGGACCUGAAGGCCCAUCUCACGUGCUGGUACAUCCAGAAGUAUAUCAAGGAGAACCCGCUGCCACAGUACCUGGAGCGCCUGCAGCCGUGACCCUGGCUCGCGGGGCGGGAGAGCUCCUGCCAGAUCCUUCCUCACGGCCUUCACCCCGCCCUCUGAGUGCUCUCAGGAAACCUGGACCCCACGGGGACAGACUCAGAGUUAUUUUUGUAAGGACGCUCAUCUGUGGCCUGUGGAGGCAGCUGGCUGAGGAUGGGCAGCGGUCCAGUGACUGUGACCAAGGAAAGGCCAGGCGGCCGCAGUCUGGCAGCUCCGCUCUGCAGAUGCUGGCCAGCUUCUCAAAAGGCUUCACGGCCUGUUGUGAGCAGGCUUGUAAGGGCCUUCCACCAGGACCAGAACAGGAACAGGGGCGUCCCUGUGGCCAGUCUGGGUCCCACCUACUGUUCCCUGCUCUGUGAUUGACAGGGGGGCUGUCUUGGAUUCCUCCACCCACCAACACUGCCUCUCCAUCUGUGUCCUUUCUGCAGAUGAGGAGGGUGUCCCGAGCUGAAAGGAGCAAUAAGAAACUGUGCCAACUUACGAGGGACACAGCGCAAGCCGUGGCUGCCACUAGCGCUGCCCCUUCUCUCCCUCUGACUUGUGUGCCCUGGCAGGGGCCAGCGAGGGGCAGCCCUCCCUGAUGUGUGAGCCCAGGAGUGGGUAGACUGGGCACUGGCUCAGGCUCGACUGCACACACGCACACAGGCGCGCUCACACGGGAUGCUGAUUGCCACGCUGUGAUUCAGCUGAGAGGCUGAUGGGGGAGCACUGGCUGUUCUCUCCUUGGUACCAGUUUCCUUAACUCCUUGCCCUGUUGCCUGCCAGCUCUGCAGGAAACCAAGGUCCCUACCCCUGUGGCUGCCCUGCCCUCCCCGUUUGCCUGUCUGCCAGGGGCCAGCUCCAGGUGCAGCUAAGCAUCUGGGGUGGGAGGCAAACUGUCCUCAAAAACCAUCCUCACCACCCAAGAGAAAGAAAGAUUUCUGUGGAGAGAUUUCCUUUGUGGCCGCCAGACAGCAGAGCAUUUUUCUCUUGAUGAAGUCUGUCUGGGGUCGCAGGGCCCCUCCCAGACCAACCUUCCUGGUAAUGGAUUGGGAGGCGUACCCCAGCACCCUUUGUUUAGCACCCAGCCUUUCUGGGGGCUUUGGGGACUCAGGGUCCUGAUCUCCUAUGCCCUACUCCUCACGGGUCAAAGAGCAACCCAGGAGUCAGGGUCCCUUUGGAGCACAGACGUAAGUUAACAGUGAAUCCCUGAGAGUGAUGUGUCCUGUCCAGGCCUCUGGCUGGGGAUGGGGCUCGAGAUGUGGGUGCUGGGGACAUUGGUUACCAUGGUGACUCCUCCCUUUAUCCGACUUGCUGCAGCAGAUGUUGACUCGUGCUCACCUUUUCCACUCACCUCUUCACUCCUAGUCUCUACCGAGCCCCCACCCCCCACAGCAGCUCAGGGCCUUACCCCAAGCAUUUGUGCACAGAUACCUUCCUGCACAGUGGCAGGAACAUCUCGCUGUGCACAUGCACUCUCGCCUCCAGGAAUCCCCAAGAGGACCGGGGCACCCCCUAGCUGUUUGCAAAGGGCUAUUGUGAGGGGCAGGGAAGCCUCUGGGCCCCCCCGUGCUGGUAGUUGGAGGCCAGGAAGAACUCUCUGGCAGGAGGUGGGCUCAGCUGCUCGGUUCCCUCCAAGGCUGGGGGCGUCUAGUUCCUGGCACAGUUUGAAAAAAGGGUGGGUUGUAGGCCCAAGAGGGGCAAACGAGCCAGCCCAGGGUCUGGGCCUUUUCCCUCCCUCCCUAGGCCCACCCCCCUCCCCAUUCACGCAUUCCUCCCCAAGUUUAAGCACAGACUCCUUCAUGAAACUUCAGCAGCUCCAUGAGCUGGUGCUGUCUCCCUCUGCAGCCUGUGGGAUAAGGUAACCCAGUGCUAGGAGGAUGCCCUGUACACAGGGGCCCAGGGCAAGCAGGCAACCAGAGCUCAGGGAGCAGAGGGCCAGGUGGCACCAGGAGGGACCAGUUCCCGUCCCCAUUGUCCCAGCCUGAACCUGUGUGCUAACAGCAGGCAACUCGCCAUGCCCGGGCCAGCAUGCACACAAAACACUUGUUACUUGAACCAGGAGCCGUGCCGGGUCUGGGGGGUGAUGGGGAGGUCUGCGCAGCCCUGGACCCAGGGACGGCUUGUCCCUAGUUUCUGCAGGUAUGACCUGGCCUCCUUUCCUUGGCUGCCUUAAAGUGCCACUGCCCCGUUACAGGGGGUCUGCUGCUGUGGCCGGCCUGGCCCCCAGGUUCCAGCAGAGCCUCGAGGCAGCAGUGAUAGCCUACUCUGCUGGGCUGGGGACGCUGCAGACCCCGGCCUGGAGACCCCAGCCCCCCUCAGCCAACACAGCCACUUUUGCCAUGGCUGGCCUGCCCCUGGUGCUUCCCCCAUGUGUCUGGUAUCCCAGCCUGUCCCCUAUCUGUGCCGGAUGCCCCAGGAUGCUCAGGAGGCAGGGGCACCCGCGUCGGCCACCCUUCCAGGAGAUUGUGCAAAGGUCCCGUGCUCUCCUGUCACAUCUCGCUUUGUGGGUUUCUCGUUCUUGCCCGUUCAAAAUAGGUGGUGAUUCACGUGCCUUUCCUACUCAGGACCUGUCCCAGGUGAUGUCUGGGCCAAGGCUGCAGACCUCCCUUUGUUACUUCUCAAACUCCUGAGCAGAUUGCAUGACAUACAUUUUGAUAAAAGCUGUGGCCUAGUGCAUGGCUCCAGGACUGCUGCUAGAAGAGGCACAGUGGGUGCUCUCUGGCCAGGUGCUGCCGUCCCCAUGCCGCCUUGCUCCAUCCCCAUGGUGAUCUGUUGGCCAUGCUUUUACUGACGAAGAUACUCAGGCACAGCAAGGUGUGGGAGCCCACAGGAUGUGAGGAAGGAGAGGAGAGGAAUGGUGCGCACUCCCCAUUCUUCCAUCCCUGCUUCUGUUCUUAUUUAGUUGCUGGCACAGCCCCCAUUUUCACGUAGGGAAAGAGGUUCUAAAAGGCACUGGGGUUUGGCUGAGGUCUCAUGGCGUGACAGCGGUGGCAUCAGGAUCUGGAGACUGCCAUCCGUGCCUUCCACACCGCUUAUUUCCCACUGGCCAGGGUCCCCAGCAUGACUCCUGCCUCCACCUGAAGUAAAAGCCAGUCUGAGGCCACAGGCUCCCCUUCACCUGUGGAACAGCUGGAAGGGGUUUACCUGCAAGAGACUGUGACGUCAUACCACCUUGCAUCAGCUUCUCUUAGACGUGUCCUUCCCCCCCCUAAAAAGCCUCCUCUUGGGCCUUCUGGUCCAGGGGAGGGAGGCGGGGCACCCAUGCAGGCUCAUGGGGUAAAGUCACAGGAUGGAGAGCAGCCUGCACUGGGCCCAGGGCCACAUCUCCUUCCCUGGCUGCCUUGGGAUGGAGGGGCUCCUUCCUGAAUGGGAUGUUCUCCUCUUAAUUUCCACCCUGGGGUUACAACACUACCCCAGACAAAGGACGAAGAGAAGGCCCUGCAACCCCGGGCCCUUCUCAGUUUAUCCGGCUGGGUUCUCAGCAGGUCCGUGAGAUACCAGCCAUCACGCCGAUCUUACAGAUGAGGAAACAGGCUCAGAGUAGGCAUUCGGUUGCUGCCCAUGUGGCUAGAAGGCGAGGGAACCAGGAUCCAUGCCCAGUUCCUACCCUCUCUGUAAAAUGAUGUGUCGUGUGUCGUGAGGUCUAUGUCCACUUAGGUGACAGAUGGCUUUGGAGAGCAAUACACAGACCACACUUUCGGCAAUUUCUCUGCUCAUUUGGAAGGCUGAGGUGGGUUCUGUCUUGAGCUGCCUGGUACGUGGCUCGUCAGGGAUACCUGGCAGAUGUGGAAAGACAACAUUGCAUGCGAAGCUGGGUUGUGACGGGAAUAUCAGUGGGGCGUCCGACCGUACCCUCAUGUUCCUUCCUCAGUUCAGGGGUCUCAGAUCUGCUGAAGUCCACCCAAAUGUCCCCUCUACUAUUCUCAGGGUCCCACUCCUUCCAAAUCAACACCCUAAAUUUCAUAUCGAAGGUCCAGCAAGGCUGUGGCUUUAACUUGUAACUCCUCAACUUGCAGGAUCAAAUUUAGGGUUAUGUUUUCUGUUGUACCGUUCUCAUGGCUAGAGGAUAUUAAAGAGUUUCUUUUC